CAAACAUACAAAACUGAGAAUUUUUCCACUUUCUACAGUACCAAUCAACCAUGUCUCUAUCUCUCUGCUUCAGUCUCUUCACUUCCCACCCCCAAACUUACCCAAGAACAAUUCCUCUCUUCAGACCCAUUAAACCCGAAUUUUCUACUCUUUCUAAGCUGUCAAAAUCAAACCCACCUUCCAUCAGAUGUGUUCAUGGAAAACCUGAACACCAAUCUGUCUAUCCAGCAAAACCCAGAUGGGAAAAUAUGCUUGCCACUGCAGCAAGUCUGUACCCUGUCUAUGUGACGGUUGGGGGGGUUGUUGCUUGCCUGAGACCAUCCACUUUUUCAUGGUUUGUGAAGAGAGGUCCUACUUCGUAUAGCUUGUCACUUGGGUUCAUUAUGUUGGCAAUGGGUCUCACAUUGGAGCUUAGAGAUUUUGUCAAUUUGUUCAUGCAAAAGCCUCUUGCAAUACUCUUUGGAUGCUUUGCUCAGUACACAAUCAUGCCAGCUUCUGGAAUGAUAAUUAGCAAAUUUUUGGGUCUCUCACCCUCUCUUUCGGUUGGUUUAAUAUUGCUUGGUUGUUGCCCUGGAGGUACCGCCUCCAAUGUGGUGACUUUAAUAGCUCGAGGGGAUGUACCAUUAUCUAUAGUAAUGACAAUAUGCACCACUCUUGGAGCAGUGCUUCUAACCCCACUUUUGACCAAGAUUCUAGCAGGAACAUAUGUUCCUGUGGAUGCUGUUAAACUUUCCAUCAGCACCUUGCAGGUGGUUGUUGCUCCCAUUCUGCUCGGUUCUUAUCUGCAGAGCACAUUUCCUGAGGCUGUGAAAGUUGGGACACCUUUUGCACCACUACUUGCUGUCUUGGCUUCAUCUCUGCUUGCAUGCAGUGUAUUCUCUGAAAAUGUUGUUCGUUUGAAAUCCUUAAUGGAUGGUGCGUCAUUGUCACCUGACCUGUCUCCAUUUGUUGGUGAUCAAGCAAUGCUCACGAGUGAACUGGGGGCUGUAAUACUUUCUGUGCUGUUAUUGCAUUGCGCUGGUUUCUUAGUGGGGUAUAUAUCAGCGGCUCUUGCUGGGUUUAGAGAACCACAACGACGAGCAAUAUCAAUUGAGGUUGGUAUGCAAAAUUCUUCUCUGGGUGUGGUUUUAGCUACCUCUCAUUUCACCUCAUCAAUGGUUGCAUUUCCCUCUGCAAUGUCGGCCUUGAUUAUGAAUAUCGUGGGUAGCAGCUUGGGUCUUUUCUGGAGAUAUAUUGAUUCUUCUGAUUCAAAGACAAGUUCUGAAGCUGAUGAAAAGCAAGGAUGAUAAGUUGAUGGAUGUUCGAACCAGUUUAUGCGGAUCUCAACUAUUCUCCUUCCCGGUUCGGUCUGUACGUCGGAAUUAAGUAUACAUGAGUGAUAAAUUUCUCAUUACUUGGUCUAAAUGGGUUGUCAAGAUUCGAAUUCAGGACGCUUGAAUUUAUAGUUCGUUUUUGUUAUUUAUUAUUGUGGUUUUUUUAGGUUACUUUCACUCAUCCUCUUGAUGUAGAACAGAUUGCAGGUGAAUAGUUAUCUUGAUCUUGAU